UUUUCCUCCUCCCUAACUAAAAUUUUUAUUUUAUUCCAAUGCUUUAUCGAAUUAUAAUUUAAAUAAACUUGAUAAUUUCCAUUUAUUUUAACAAUUUUCAGACCAAACUGAACCAUAAUCCCUUUAAACAUUAAUUUUCGCUUUGUAUUUUUUUAUCAAAAUUUAAUUUUAAUAUUUUUAUGUUUAAUUACCUCGUUUUGAAUGUAUCAAAACAACACUAACGAGUCUACAGCAACACCUCCAAUUAAGGUGAAUGGAGCGGUUGUUGCUGAUGGGAACAUAAAAGUUUAUUCGAAUCAGCAGCUACAUCAAUCCUCGCCUGUUGUUGUCUUAAACAAUAAUGUUGGGCAGAAUUUGAAUGGUAUCCAACACCAACAACAACAAUUAGAAGUCUUUCCAAGUUCCUCCUCUGCCCCUCCUCCUCUUCAACAACAACUUCAAUUAAUUACUCCUUUCGUUCCAUGUAUAGCAGACGAAUUACGAGAGUUGAUUGAUGAGAUGCGUUCUCGAGAUUUUGACUCAAUUCGAUUUGCCACAUACCGAACUGCUUGUAAAUUAAGAUUUAUUCAAAUAAAAACAAAUGUUCAUCUUGUUGAUAUUUGGAAUAUGAUUGAAUCUUUUAGAGAAAAUGGACUUAAUGCAAUUGCUAGCAAUGGAAAUUUAAAAGUUUCGAGGCUGGAACUUUUAUUAACCAGCAUUUUUCAUAAUUUGAACAAACGCUUACCUGCAAGUCAACAAGUAGAUACUGAUAGGGCAAUUGCUACACUUUUGCAUUUCUUGUUGAGUGCCUAUGACCGUCAACAUCUUGGUCGAUUAACUGUUUUUGCUAUUAAAGUUGGAUUGGCUACUUUAUGUGCUGGAAAAUUGGUUGACAAACUGAGGUAUAUAUUUUCUCAAAUUUCUGAGCAAAGCGGUGCUUAUUUGGAUCAUUCUAAAUUUGCUGAAUAUUUACAGCAUGUCUUAGCUUUGCCUACUGCUGUUUUUGAGGGUCCAACUUUUGGUUAUUCUCCCCUGGCUUUAUCUCAAUGUUUUCAAAAAAGUCAACCUGAACCCUUUUUGGAUACAAUACUUGGGGAGAGUUGCCCUCCCUGCCUUAUGUGGUUACCUUUAUUGCACAGAAUGGCUGCUGUUGAAAAUGUUUAUCAUCCUGUUGUUUGUGAUUCUUGCCAGGUCCGUUCUUUCAAUGGUUUUCGUUACAAAUGUCAACGAUGUAUCAACUACCAACUCUGUCAGUCUUGUUUUUGGAGAGGGAGGGUCAGUCAGGAACAUAGCAAUGAGCAUGAAAUGAAAGAAUAUAACAGCUAUAAAUCCCCAACAAAGCAAUUAGCCCAUACAAUCCAAAAAUGUACUUUACAAUGUAUUCCAACUACAAAUCAAAAAACUCAUGUAGAUUACCCUCCUAGACCUCAACGCGCUUUGGAUUUGGCUAAUGUAGUGCCAAGUACGCCUAUUAGUGGAUUCACCCGACGCCAAGCACCUGAACCUAUCGCUGAAUGGACUUCAAAAUUUUUGCCUGGUCAAUAUGGGCGAGCAAGUGCAAUGGAUGAUGAACAUAAACUUAUUGCCAGAUAUGCUGCCAAAUUAGCUGGGAGGACUGUGUAUGCUUCCUCUCGUCGUCCACCUCCCCAUCACCUUCCUCCAUCCUCUUCAGGGGCUUAUUUUAGUGGGGCAUCAACUUCGGAUGAGCAACAACACUUAGACGAACGUGCGAUUAUUGCCCGUUUAGAAGAAGAAAAUCAGCAAAUGCUCCAUGAAAUGCAUUCACUCGAACAACAACAAGCAUUUUGUGACAGUUCUGGGCAAUUAGAAAAUCUUAGAGAACAAACAGCUGAAUUGGAGGUAAAAAUGCAGGAGAAACAAAUACUUAGGAGAAAAUUAAUGAAACAACUUGAACGUUUGAUGGCAGGGCUUAAUGCCCCCAUAGUCCAGCCAAGUACAGCACCCAGCACUGCCCCAACAAUAAGAGCGCGUUCUACAACCACAGCUGCUUCUGGAGGGAUAUCUUUAGGUCAACUCGGAUUGGGAGAUUUUAACCUAAGUCCACAAAGAGUUGGAACAGUUGCUCAAAUGCAGGAUGACCUUUUACAAGCUGCGGAUGAAAUUACAGAAAAUAUGAGUGAAUUAGUGAGGGAAUUGGAAAGGGAAGAGGAAGAAGAGGGGGAAAAGGAAAGGGAAGAUAUUGAUGGGAGAAGAAAACAUUCAACAGAUGAAGCAACAAAAUCAGACGUUGAAACUUCCUCAUCCCACCAACAAAAAACUAAAAACACCCAACAACAUCGUUUUAGGAGUAAUUCAACAAAGGAGCCUAUGUUACAGCCACAAUCACCUUAUUUAUCGAGAAAAACUUAA